GAAAUCCAUAAGAGGGUGAUGGCUCUGAGUUUCCGUGACUGUCACACUAAGAUCCGACACGUGGACGCACACGCCACCCUGAACGAAGGCGUGGUGGUGCAGGUGAUGGGCGAGCUGUCCAACAACAUGCAGCCCAUGAGGAAGUUCAUGCAGACCUUUGUUCUGGCUCCAGAGGGUACCGUCGCAAAUAAAUUCUACGUCCACAACGAUGUGUUUCGGUACCAAGACGAGGUGUUUGGUGACUCUGACUCUGAGCCUCCAGAAGAGUCUGAAGACGAGGUUGAGGAACUCGACAGGGUCCGCUCUCCUGACGUCGCCCCAGAAGACUCCGCCCCCUUCUACGACCCAACAGUCUGCUCGGAGCCGGCAGCUCCCGGCGACGAGGAGGAGGAGGAGGCGGCUGCAGCGAGCCCAGAACCGGAGCAGGAGGUGGAGAAGGACGACGAGGAGGAGGAGGAGGAGGAAGAGGAUGCCGUUGAGGUGGAGCUGAAGGUGGAGACGAUGCCGGAGACAGAAACAGAAACACAGACGGCUGACGAUCAGACGGAGAAAAGCUCCGCCCCCACCACUGCCCCACCCACCACAGAAGCUGCCUCCGCCCCCUCUGACCCCACCCCCGCUGCUCCAGAGGAGAACCGG